GUUAAAGCGUAAUUUCUCAUAGUAAAAACUUUGACUUUGAAAAUGUUUUUCUAUAGUUUUAUCAAAGUGUUGCAUGUAGUUCUUAUAAUUUGCAUACUGAAAUCAAAAGCUGAAAGAAAAAUAUCGAAAUAUAAUGUCGUAGUGGUGGUAUUUGAUGAUUUGAGACCAGCAAUAGGAAAGUAUGGCGAUAGAUUGGCGCAAACACCUAAUUUAGAUGCAUUCAUUAAUUGUAGCUAUUACUUUUCACGAGCCUACAGUCAGCAAGCUCUGUGUGCUCCCAGUCGAAAUUCAUUUCUGACUAGUCGCCGUCCCGACACUUUACAUCUGUACGAUUUCUAUAGCUAUUGGCGCACGUUUAGUGGCAACUUUACAACGCUACCGCAAUAUUUUAAAAACAAUGGCUACUACACAUAUGCUGCUGGUAAAAUCUUUCAUCCGGGCAUUUCAUCCAACAACAGUGAUGACUAUCCGCUCAGCUGGUCAGAGAAACCAUUCCGCCCAAAAACCGAAAAGUUCAUGAACUCUCCUGUGUGUCCUGAUAAGUUGGGUGUUUUGCGCAAAAAUCUCAUCUGUCCCGUGCAUUUGCAAACACAGCCAUUUAAAACCUUGCCUGACAUUGAGUCAGUAGCCGAGGCCAUACGAUUUGUUCAGAAUCGCAAGAAAAGUCGUAGACCUUAUUUCUUUGCUCUAGGUUUUCACAAACCACACAUCAAUUUUCGUUUUCCCCGCCAAUUUUUGCAUCAGUUUCCCCUGCACAAGUUCUACAACUACACUUCGGAUAGCUAUAAGCCUCAGGAUAUGCCAAACGUUGCCUGGAAUCCCUAUACAGACGUGCGAUCAAGAGAUGAUUUUAAAUACAUGAAUAUAUCAUUUCCUUACGGUCCCAUUUCCAAACUGCAGAGUGCUCAAAUAAGACAAGCUUAUUAUGCCUCAGUGGCUUAUGUCGAUGAUCUGUUUGGCAAGUUUCUAACGCACAUAGACUUUGAUCGCACUAUAGUUGUGGUAACUAGUGAUCAUGGCUGGUCAUUGGGUGAGCAUGCGGAAUGGGCCAAAUAUAGCAAUUUCGAAGUCGCUUUACGUGUGCCACUUAUUAUACGCAGCCCGGAAUUUCCCCUGCCUGCAGAAGGAAAACGUCUAGAUGUUAUUACCGAACUAGUAGACCUCUUUCCCACCCUAGUGGAUCUGGCCCAUUUGCCCAGUGUGCCGCAGUGCGAUUACACUAGACCCUUGUCCGAACAAUUGCUUUGCUCUGAAGGCAAAAGCCUGCAACCCUUAAUGCAGGGUAUUGGGCUGGGUCAAGAAUAUUUUGCUCUUAGUCAGUAUCCUAGACCCGGAAUGCUACCCACAAAACAUCCCAACAGUGAUAAGCCAAAGCUUAAGAAUAUAAAAAUAAUGGGUUAUUCGCUACGUACCAACCAUUAUCGCUACACACUGUGGAUACGAUUUUACGCCCAGAAUUUUACUCGUGAUUUCACCAAUAUAUUCGGAGAAGAGAUGUAUGAUCACCGCUUGGAUGCUGCCGAAGAAAUCAACUUGGUCGACUGGCCAGAAUUUGACGAUAUACGUCUAUGGUUAAGAGAUAAAUUAAUAAAAGCAUUUAACAAAUAAACUGAACCGUA